CGUCCCAGAUCUGCAGUAUCCGGAUAUAUAUAACUACCUGAUGAUAAACUUUCCAUCGUCCUUCUCGGGUGACUCUCUAAAAGCCUACAAAAGUUUGGAGGGUUACAAAUGGACUCAGUCUGGCUUUGUAACGAACAUCCAGCUGUGGAAUCUUCAAGCAAAAAAAUGCUUUAUCAUUACUGGAAGGGUUAAUCAUUCCCAAAGGCUUAAUGACCCGCAGUUAAAGCCAUGGAUGGUGGUGAGGAAUGAUGGGGUUGUCUUGGGAGCCCACUGCAAUUGCACAGCUGGACUUGGUGAGAGCUGCUCCCAUGUGUCAGCUGUGUUGUUCAGCAUAUGGCAGCAUAACAAUGGCAGAAAUGAAGCGAUAGCUGUAACAUCUAAGAAGUGCAAGUGGGCCACCCCAAGUGAGGACUCUGUAAAGAAAGUGGAGUAUCAGCAGGGCAAGGACAUCAUUUUUAACAACUCUCAACAAUAUAAAAAAGGACAAUCUUCGAAAGGUCAUUCUGCCCCCCCAGCUUUCCCACCUCUGACCGCUGCUGAGCAAGCCCAACUCUACAACACCCUCUCCCAAUGCCGCACACAAGAGGAGCAGAUCAUCAAACCAGUAGUCCUGUCUGUUGUCAAAGAGUAUGCAGCAUCCUAUGUGCCAAAGGCUGUCAUGCUGGAUCUACCAGAACCCCUCACCAACCUGUAUGACAAGCAGGCAAGAGACCUCAACCUGGCAGAGUUACAAGAUCGAGCAGAAGCACUAUUUAAAGACAUAACUGUGACCAAAGAACAGAUGGGGAUGCCAGCACGAGGAAUUGGCAAGAAAAUACUAUGAAAUGCAGCAUCGCCUCUCACACACGGAUGUCAUGGUAGAAACAGCUGGAUUCAGGAUUUCACCCCUGCACCCAUUUAUUGGGGCCUCACCUGAUGGAUAUGUUUCCUGCAGCUGCUGUGGUUCAGGUGUCAUAGAAAUUAACUGCCCAUUUUCUGUAAAGUACCUUUCUGUUAAUGAGGCAGUACAUUCUGUUGCUCACUUUUGCCUUGAAAAACAUGUGCAAGAAAAAAUUAGACUGAAGCGGGACCAUGCAUACUAUCAUCAAGUGCAGAUGCAGCUAUUUGUUACUGACAAACCAUAUUGUGAUUUCAUUCUGUGGACUGAAAGGGGAAGCACUUCACCAUUUGUUGAACGCAUCACACCUGAUGUGGCAUUCUUUGACAAAGAAUUGGAAUGUGCUCGUGACUUCU